AUGAAUUUCUCACCAUUCGAACAAACUCAAAUGAAACCUGGUCAAUUACCUCUCAGUAGUAAGAAAUAUGAUCCAGCUCUACCAAACUAUAAUAGACAAUUCAGAUUUGGUCCUGGUGCUGAUGAUUUAGUUAAUAUUGCUGCAAGUCUUCAUAAAGGUUUUGCUCGUGUUGAUGAUGCAAUUACAUUACCUGAAGCUCAAGCAUAUGCAGCACGUCAUGGUAAAAACUGGCAAGCCCAUGAACUUGAUAUUACUGGUCCAAAUGGUAAACCAGAUGGUAUUCCAGAAGUUUUCGUCACAGAUUCAAAAGGUAAUUUGAAAGUCAUUAAUGGUUGGAGAUUAACGAAUUCAGACUAUGGUAAAAGAAGAGCUUAUCACACGAUGAUACCAGAUAAGAAACAAAGACAAGAAGAUGGAAAUUCAUUCCAAGAUUUCAAAGAGAAAUACUUAACUGUUACUGAUGAUGAUACUGGUAAUCCAGCUUAUGCAAAUCCGUUACCAGGUCGUUUAGGUGAAGCACUUCAGAAUACAAAAGAUGUUUCAGCAAAGAAAUUCUUUAAUGAUGCAAUUUAUAAAGCUACUUGUGAUGCAAAUAAAAGCUUAGUUGAAAAACUAUUUGCAAGUUAUGGAUGGCAAAAGAACCCAAAGGAUCCAUCAGAAAUUAAGAAAGCGAAAGCAUUUAAUAAAGCGAAGUCUAAAUCUCAAGGUGGAAAUCUAGCAUAUUUAGCUCUUGUUAAAUUAGCUGUUUAUAGAUCAUUAAAUAGGGAAUAUGGUAUGAACAGUUUCAAGAUAGAGGCGCAAAAUGAAAUCGGAACAAGAGGUGGAUCAAAGGAUGAAGUUGCCGAAAAGGCUGAAAGAAGAAGGAAAUCAUUUGAGAGUUCAAAGACAUUUAAGAAUGCUGCUCAGCAAGUUGUUAUGAAUCUUGUCAAUAACUUUAGAUCAGCAAAUAGAGAUCAAAUUGUAAAUGUUUGCAUGGCUGCUCUUAACUAUGCUGCUAAAGUCGUUGGUUCUAAUCAGAAAUUCUCAUUUAAUACAGGUGUUGAUUUCAUUGGACGUAUUUCACAAUAUUACAUGCCAGGUGUUGUAAGUCCAUCCGGCGUAGCUGUUCCACAACGUAAACGUGUCAAACAAGAACUUCCAAUGCCCCCAUCACCAGGGCAAAUGAGUGUUCCAAGACAAAUGGCUCCACUUCCUGCAAGACAAGCUGCACCACCACCACGACCAAGACAACAGUUUGAAGAAGUUCCAUUAACAGCAGAUGUUAACAAUUAUAGAAAUGGUGAUGAUGCUGAUAGUUGGGAUGAAGCAAGGGCAAGACAACUUGAAAAUGAAGCUUUUAAUGAAGAUGAUGAACCAGCUCCCCCAUCAAAUAUCCAUCCACAAGCUUAUUACGAGUAUUAA